GCUGCCUCAGCGACAGCAGCACCGGGCGAUAAUAUCUUGCAGGCCCCCGACGGACGCAGAUGGCUUGGCUCCGUUCCGUUCAGGUUCGGCGGCGAAAAGAUAAGUCUUUACGUCCUUGUCGUGCCACUUUUCAAAGCGACCAAAGCCCAAAAGCACGUUAGAUAGAUAGAAGGUUUGUUUAGUCUCCAUUACAAUUAUUUAUUCAGUGGCCACCGCCCGAGUGACCGUGUCUUCGUAAACACUCCGCCUUGCCUAUUUAGCUCGUCACUAAGGUGGUUGCAGAUCUCUAAACCGUGUCGGAGGACUAGUGAGCGGUGGCUUGUGCCGUUUGCCGUGCGUGGACUCGUGGCGCCGGAAUUUGGAGAAAUGGGCGUGAGCGUCCCGGCCAGCGAGCCGAAGCACCCGCGGCACCAUCAAGAAGGGUGCGAGGCCGAGGCCGAGGCCGAAGCGCUCGCCGCCCUGUACCUGUACGGGGACGUGCUCGAGUCGGUGGUGGAGCGCGUGCCGGCGCCCGACCUCGCCGCCGCGGCGCGGGUCUCGCGCGAGUGGCUCCGCGCGGUGCGGUCCGCGCUGCGCCGGCGCCCGCGUCGCCUGCCCUGGCUCGUGGUCCACAUGCACGGCCGCCGCCGCCGGACCGCGGCCUACGACCCGCACUCCGGCGCGUGGAUCACCGUGCAGGCCCCGCGCCACGCCACGCCGUCGCACGUGCGCCUCGUGCGCGGCGCGCGCGGCGACCGGGUGUGCGCGCUUUCCUGCUCCGGCCUCGACGUCGCCGGCGACCCUCUUGGGACGUCCGCCUGCGUCGCCAUGAAGGCCCCCGGCGUGUGGCGCGUCGACCCGGUGCUGGCCGCGGUGGGCGACCGCGUGGUCGCCCUCGGCGGCGCGUGCCAGCUUGCGCUCGCCGAGGGAGAGGACGCCGCCGCGGUGGAGGUCCACGAAGGCGGGCACUGGACGGCCUGCGAUCCGAUGCCGGCGGAGCUCCGCGAGUCCGCCGCGGCAACGUGGCUUUCGGUGGCCGCCACGGAUCAGAGAGUGUACCUCGCGGACAGAAGCACGGGCUGUGCGAGCUGGUUCGAUCCGUCGAAGCGGCGGUGGGGUCCCAGCCGUCGCCUCGAGCCCGACGCCGGCGUUUCCACGUGGGGCGUCGCGCCUGGCCGCGCCGGCGCCGAGCAGCUCGUCCUGUUCGGAGCGAAGCGCCAAGGCGAGGGAGCAAAGAACAAGGUCGUCAUCCAAGCAUGGGAGGUGGACGGCGACACUCUGGAUCUGUCCCCCGGCGCGGCCCACGACGCAAUGCCGAGCGAGAUGUCGGCGAGGCUUUUCCCCCACGACGAGGACGAGGAGGACGACGGGGAGACGCUCCCGUCGAUCGGGGUGUGCGGCAACGCCACCGGAGGGUACGUGUACAAUUCGGCGGAGCCAGCCAACGGCGCCGUGCUCUACGAGCUGCGGGGUGGGAAGAAGGACGGCGCCGUGGAGCGGUGGGAGUGGGUGCCGUGCGCGCCCUCGGUGCGCGCCGAGCCGCUGGGCCGCGUCAUCCUCGCGUGCUCGCCGGUGGGGCUGGACGAGCUAUCGCGUGGACUACCACUUACGAAUGCACAGUGAAAUACUGUACUGUACCUUCUUUAGGGUCGCAGUGAAUACACUGAAUCGAUCAAAGAGCGUUGCAAAUUCGCAGUCACAUCGUUUAUGAGGAAGGGUACAUCUCCAUUUAAA